AUGGCCAUCGAUAUCCUCCCGUUGACGAAAAGCGACAUCCCCGAUGCCGUAGUCUGCAUCCAAAAGGCCUUCGCCGACGACCCGUAUUUCCGCUGGAUGUUCGACGACCCGGCCACAUUCAACCCCCAGCGCAACGCCGCCUCCAUCACCGCCCACUUCCUGCACGGCCUCAACUGCAACGCCCCCAUCUACGUCGCCAAAUACCGGCCCACGCCCACCGACAAACACCCCGCCGUACCCGCGCUCGCCUCCCCCAUCGUCGGCGUCUGCUGGUGGCUACCACCGCACCCGCCCGCCCAGCCCCCCUCCUGGUCCACCUGGACGCAGGACUGGCUCCUCUCCUUCCGCCAGCUGCUCUCGAACCUCCGGUUCUGGGGCCGCGGCGGGCUCAACCUCCGCCGGUACUGGAUCUGGAAGGACCUGCAGGCGCGCACGCAUGCGGACCUGUGGACGCACCCGCGCGGCUACUACUUCUGUAACGUGAUUGCGGUGCGCGAGGGCUUGAGGGGCAUGGGGGUGGGGCGGAAGUUGGUGGAGGUGGUGACGGGCCGCGCGGAUGCCGAGGGCGUGCCGUGUUAUCUGGAGAGUUCCAAGGGGGAGCCGAAUUUGGUCAUCUAUGAGAAGAUGGGGUUUCGGUUGGUGAGGGAGAUUGAGUGUGUUGAUGGCUGGGAUGCGUGUAAGUUGUACUGUAUGGUGCGGGAGCCGAGGGUCAAGGCGUAG